AUUGGCCCUUGUUGAGGAAGUCUCGCUCUGACCAAUCGUAGCCAGUUUUGCUCAUCGUUAGACAGUAUCAACAUGGCAGCUUUCUGAGUUUUGGUGUUGGGGGACCUGGUGUAAAUAAACACACAAUUCACACUUAACAGACAACGACAGCGCCUGGUUGUUUGGCUUUGGGACAUUUCUGAGAAGCGCAAAGAAAAUGUCGAGCGAAAGCAACAGAAAGCAGUUCUGGAAACGAAACACAGCUAAGGUUCCUGGCAGCAUUCAGCAUGUGUAUGGAGCACAGCAUCCACCUUUUGACCCGCUGCUUCAUGCCAAUCUCAUUAGAGCGGGCAACAAGCCUCCUCCAGCCACACCGGGGAAGCCCAAAAAGGCAACCACUUUCCAGGAAUUUGAGAGCAUCACAAGUGACGCCUGGGAUGUUGGAGACGAUGACGACGAGCUGUUAGCCAUGGCCGCACAGAACCUUAACAUCGAGGUGGUCAUGGAGACGGCCAAUAAGGUGAUUGAGAAUCACAGCAAGCAGCAGGAGAGACAGAGGCUGGACGACUCGACAGAGGUGGAGCAGAGAGAAGAGGACGCGCAGGAGGAGACGGCAGAGGACGAAGAAGAGGAUGAGGAGGAGGACGAAGAGGAGGGAAACAUGACCGGCCCAGAGGUGUCGUUUGCCUCCCAGAGCAGCUAUUUCACUGAUGGUCGCCUGGUUAAGUCCCAAAGCGAAGCUCCAAUUGGGUCACCUAAAGAUGCAGCCAGCGAGUCUGCGGCCCUCCACAGACAGCAGUCGCUGCCUCACAGACCCCCACUCAUCCCACUCGUGGCCCGCCUGGAACUACGAAAACUGAGCUGGUCCGGAAUCCCAAGACAAGUUCGGCCAAUUACGUGGAAACUCCUUUCAGGUUACCUGCCAGCCAACGCCGACAGAAGAGAGAGUGUUCUACAGAGGAAGAGACAAGAAUACUUUGGUUUCAUCCAGCAAUAUUACGACUCCCGCAAUGAUGAACACCACCAAGACACGUACAGACAGAUCCACAUAGACAUUCCUCGGAUGAGUCCCGAGUCUUUGGUGCUGCAGCCAAAGGUGACAGAGAUUCACAUUGACAUACCGAGAACUAAUCCCCUUAUUCCUCUUUUCCAACAAGCUUCUGUCCAAGAGAUAUUUGAGCGCAUCCUCUUCAUUUGGGCCAUCCGUCACCCGGCCAGUGGCUACGUGCAGGGAAUCAAUGACCUGGUUACGCCGUUCUUCGUGGUCUACGUCUUCGAGUACAUCGAAGAAGAGGUGGAAAACUUUGACGUGUCCAGUCUUCAGGAGGAAGCUUUGAGGAACAUCGAGGCCGACAGCUUCUGGUGCAUGAGCAAACUUCUAGAUGGCAUCCAGGACAACUACACGUUUGCCCAACCAGGGAUCCAGAAGAAAGUCAAGGCCCUGGAGGAGCUGGUCAGCAGGAUAGAUGAGUCCGUGCACCGCCACAUGCAGCACUACGAGGUGGAGUACCUGCAGUUUGCCUUCCGCUGGAUGAACAACCUCCUGAUGAGGGAGCUGCCACUCCGAUGCACGAUCAGACUGUGGGACACCUACCAGGCUGAACCAGAGGGCUUCUCCCAUUUCCACCUCUAUGUGUGCGCUGCCUUCCUGGUGAGAUGGAGGAAAGAGAUUCUAGAGGAGAGGGAUUUUCAGGGGUUGAUGAUCCUCCUGCAAAACCUUCCCACGAUGCACUGGGGUAACGAGGAGGUCAGCGUGCUCCUGGCCGAAGCCUACCGGUUGAAGUUUGCCUUUGCCGACGCGCCCAACCACUACAAGAGAUGAUAGGCGUGGCCCUGCUGCAGCCCCUCCCCCUUCUCUAACCUUUAAUUCCUCCUCUCCUCCCCCGCCGUCAUCUACUGAACUUGAAGGACUCUGUAUUCGUAUACCUUGGGACCCCCCCCCUCCCUAUUCCGACCCCCAUUUUUCUUAACUUUUCUCUCUCUGAAUCAACCGCUGGGACUAUAAGAGAUUCGAACAUAAACACGACUUGGGGAACGGGUGGUGUAGCGGUCUAACGUGUGGAUGUGGCGCCGUGUCUUAAUAAUUUUGUUUCUGAUCAGUUCUCAGACGACCACAGAAGUCGGGCGGCGUUUGUUCUGCUCAACAUCUUACAAUGUCGGGCGGUUGCUGAGCAGCUCCUGGGAUGUGACCCGGCUCUGAUCUGCUCUCUGUUGAUACCAGUUCCAUGGCAAUACGUGAACCUUUGUUACCUGAGGCAUCGACGUGCUGUCCCCGCUCCCUUGUUUCAGUUUUCAAAGACAAAGAAGAAUCGUUGGCAGAUAGGGCACCACGCCGGAUGUUUUACAUAUCUGAGCCCCUUACCUGGUCAACGCAGAACCUGAAAGAACAGGACGUUGUCUUUUUUGUUGAUGUUGUUGUUUUUCCCUCCACGGAGGACAAAGGGUGGUUCUAGUCCCCCGGGAACAAACCAGGAUUUAACAUAAAGAGAGGAAGUCAGCGUCAGCUCUUCAUCCUUUCCUUAUCCGUGCACUCUGGCUCAUCCUGUUCUCCUGCCGUUCACUAACCUACUGUAGUAGACAAACAGUGGUCAGAAGAACCACGUGUUGACAGACUCCUCAGAUCACACAGGAUUAAAAAAAAAAGUUAAUUUCCACUAAUCAGGUUUUCCUCUAACUCCCGUGUUUGUGAACACAUUUGCUGCUCCUCCUCCUCCUCCUCCUCCACUCUUAGGCCUAAGAAUUCUGAGAAACCUUAACUUAAUUUGCUAUGAAUUACUAAGAAGUAACAGCUGAUUCAGUCUUUCCAGUAAUUCACUUCUUGGCUCUGUGUUUCAGGAACAUCGAUUGGUUUGAAAUUAAAAUUCCUAAAUUUUGUUUUGAGUAAAUGGCCAAUAACGUAAAAGGUAAAAAAAAAAUAGAAAUGACAGAAAAUGUACAGUACUUUACUGAACUAGUCUUCUUCUCAAUUAUCUAUCAAUUACCUUCACUUGUUAGAAAAUCGUUUAGCUUUAAAUUUUUAAAAAAUCUGAGUACGCUUCCAGUAUAAAGGAGUUCCUUUUUCAACCUGAUGUCACUCUAUGCUGAUGACAGUCUGACAGCACUGCAGGAAAUUGGAAAUAAUUACAGCUCCAUGAAACAGCUUCACACAUGGAAAACA